CGGGGGCGGAGCCGAGUCAGGUUCUUCUAGGGUCCCGGCACAGAAGCCUCCCCGCUGUUUCCGUCCUUAUCUCCUGUCCGUGCCCCCAGGUCCACCGCAGCCAAGAUGAUGUGUGGAGCGCCGUCCGCCACGCAGCCGGCCACGGCCGAGACGCAGGAGAUCUCCGACACGGUGAAAUCCCAGCUUGAAGAGAAAGAGAAUCAGAAGUUCACCGUCUUUAAAGCCGUAUCCUUCAGGCAACAGGUGGUGGCUGGCAUCAACUUCUUUAUCAAGGUUGAUGUUGGUGACGAAAAAUUUGUGCACUUGAGGGUGUUCAAGCCCCUUCCCCAUGAAAACAAGCCCUUGACCCUGUCUUCCUACCAGAUCAACAAAAAUCGACAUGACGAUCUGACCUUCUUCUGAUUCUGCAGCCCCUUUGCCAAAAACUUCAUCUCUUUAUUGUCCUUGGGACCAGGAAGUGAAUACCCCUCUGUGAUGGAGGGGACAGAAUCAGGCACCUUCAUUUGUGAUUCCCAAACUGCAUUGUGUUUGCUUUCUUCCAAAUAAUUAUUUUCAGAAAGCUACAUCUGAUCUCUCUCUAAAUAUAUAUAUUUUAAAGUCUAUACAAA